UGUUAACCCGGAAGUAUACAUUUGCACACGGUCUGCGUUGAAUGAACGUGAAGGAGUACAAUUAACUGAAAUACUUCAGCCGCUAACGCUAAGAAAGCACCGUGAAACUUUGUUAUUUUCAAAUUACUGAAGAGAGUAACGACAAAAUGAGUCUUCUAAACAAGCCCAAGUCGGAGAUGACUCCGGAGGAGCUCCAGAAACGUGAGGAGGAGGAAUUCAACACUGGGCCCCUGUCUGUGCUUACACAGUCAGUGAAGAACAACACUCAGGUCCUUAUUAAUUGUAGAAACAACAAGAAGCUUCUUGGGCGAGUCAAGGCAUUUGACAGGCAUUGUAACAUGGUUCUGGAAAAUGUGAAGGAGAUGUGGACAGAGGUACCAAAGAGUGGGAAGGGCAAGAAAAAGUCAAAGCCUGUGAAUAAGGAUCGUUAUAUCUCCAAAAUGUUCCUGAGAGGUGAUUCUGUCAUCGUUGUGCUGAGGAAUCCUCUCAUCACAGGCAAAUAGACUGUCAGAGCAACAUGCCAAUUUUGGCCGUAUGAGUGCAAGUCUUGGUCUGGACAGCGGCACCAACCAGCUGUUCUAGAGAAUCAUUGUAUCUGUUGAUGUAUUUGAUUGGGAUUGGGGUUUUUGUUCUUAUUGAUUUACUUUAGAAGCAACUUUAGUUUACUACUUUUAUAAAAUAAACAUUGUGACCAUA